AUGUGGUUACCCUCAGUUUCCUUCGUGCUACUAUGCAUACUACAACUAGCUGCUUGUACUGAGGACUUUUACAAGCUUCUUGGAAUAGACAAGCAAGCCUCAGAACGCGAUAUCAAGCGUGCAUACCGCACCCUUAGCAAGAAACACCACCCCGAUAAGAACCCAGGUAACGAAACUGCCAAACAAAAAUUCGUCGAGAUAGCCGAAGCCUACGAAGCCCUGUCAGACCCCGAGACCCGCAAAAUCUACGAUCAAUACGGCCACGAAGGUCUGAAGCAACGCGGCCAAGGUGGUGGACAGCAUCACCAUGACCCCUUUGACCUCUUCUCGCGCUUCUUCGGUGGCGGCGGCCACUUCGGGCAUCAGCCAGGGCAGCGGCGCGGUCCAGAUAUGGAAGUGCGCGUGAAUGUUCCUUUGAGAGAUUAUUAUAACGGGCACCAGACGGAAUUCCAGCUCGAGAAGCAGCAGAUUUGCGAGGAGUGCGAGGGUAGUGGGAGUGCAGAUGGACAGGUGGAUCAGUGUCAGUCUUGUGGGGGCCAUGGGAUCAAGAUCCAGAAACACAUGCUUGCGCCGGGCAUUUUCCAGCAGGUGCAAGUUACAUGCGAUGUGUGUGGUGGACAGGGCAAGACGAUCAAGCAUAAAUGCCCUGUCUGUGAGGGCUCGAGGGUCGUGAGGAAAGUCAGCACGUUCCAGCUUAAUAUCGAGAGGGGUGCGCCGAAGGGAAUGAAGGUCAAGUACGAGAACGAUGCCGAUGAGAGCCCGGAUUACGUUGCUGGGGAUUUGCUUGUCACGCUUGCGGAGAAAGAGCCGAGUUUGGACGAAGAUAAUGAGGGGAAGGUUGACGGAACGUUUUUUAGACGCAAGGGGGAUGAUUUGUUCUGGAAAGAGGUUAUUUCUCUGCGGGAGGCUUGGAUGGGUGGCUGGUCUCGCAACCUCACGCAUAUGGAUGGUCACAUCGUUGCGCUGUCUCGCCCUCGUGGCUCUGUCAUCCAACCCGGAUUGGUUGAGCGUGUGCAAGGGGAAGGAAUGCCCAAAUGGCAUGAAGACGGCGACAGCGUCUACCACACAACGGAGUUCGGCGAUCUGUUCGUAGAGUACACGGUCAUCUUGCCGGACCAGAUGGAUCGCGGCAUGGAGAAAGAUUUUUGGGCGCUGUGGGAGAAAUGGCAGAAGAAGAACGGAGUUGAUUUGCAAAAAGAUUUAGGGAGACCUGAAGGACCGGUCAAGAUGCCGGUGAAAGAUGAGUUGUGA